GUUAUAAAGCAAAGAUGGCAGUGAGAGGUGGUGCACGAAUUUUUCUCCUCGCAAUUUUGUGUAUUUUUUUGUUAAAAUCAUGUAACGGGGCCGCGACAGAUAUUGAAUUGGACGCAAAAGCACAGUUGUUACAUAGACUUGAUAGUUUGAAUCUUCUAUUGUAUACAUUUUUAUUAAUAUUGACUGUUUUAACAAUAUGGACAUUUAAGCACCGUCGACUUAGGUUCCUCCAUGAAACUGGUCUAGCUGUCAUUUACGGAUUAAUUAUAGGAGCAAUAAUUCGUUAUGGCUUUACGACAAGUAGUACCAUCCUCCAUAUGCCUGUUGUCCCAGACAACAGUAGCAAAUACAACCAAUCAGUUCCACCAGAUACAUUAUGGUUACGUUUCCCAGAAGAUAAAGGAGGUGGUGAUAUUAAGAACAAAACAUUUGCUUAUUCGUUCAGGGGAGAGAUUUAUAAACAGGACAAUGAAAUUGAUCUAAAGGCUACAUUUGAUCCUGAAAUAUUUUUCAAUAUCAUUUUACCACCAAUUAUUUUUCAUGCUGGUUAUAGCUUAAAACGUAAAUAUUUCUUUAGGAAUUUGGGAGCUAUUCUUAUGUAUGCUUUGAUUGGAACAACAAUAUCAGCAUUUGUUAUAGGAGCUUUGAUGUAUGCCUUCUUACAAUUAAUACCGCAUCUUGCCAGUUCGUUCACGUUUCUGGAUGCUUUAUAUUUCGGUGCAUUGAUAUCUCCUACAGAUCCACUGACAAUAAUUUCGAUUUUUAAUGAUUUACACGUAGAUGUAAAUUUGUAUGCAUUGGUAUUUGGGGAAAGCGUAUUGAAUGAUGCGGUUGCGAUCGUACUUAGCGGUUCUAUACAAAAUUAUGCAGAACGUUAUCAGUCAGGUUCGGGUGGAUUCGAAACCGUAGCAUUUUUCCAAGCAUUCGGUGAUUUUGUUGGAAUAUUCAGUCUUUCUUUAUUUAUCGGUGCUACAAUGGGAUGUAUCACUGCUUUAUUAACGAAAUUUACUAGAGUCAGAGAUUUUCCUCUAUUGGAGUCAGCAUUAUUUGUUUUAAUGUCUUACAGCACUUUCUUAAUUGCAGAAGCAUCUGAUCUUACAGGUGUGGUCGCUGUAUUAUUUUGUGGCAUAUGUCAAGCGCAUUACACAUAUAAUAAUUUAAGCCCAGAUUCUCGUCAAAGGACAAAACAACUGUUUGAACUUUUGAACUUCUUAGCUGAAAACUUUAUAUUCAGUUACAUCGGUGUCUCGAUGUUUACUUUCCCAAAACACCAUUUCGAUCCAGGAUUUAUUUUUGCAGGAUUUCUCUGCGCGCUACUAGGUCGUGCGGCAAAUGUAUAUCCGUUAUCAUUUGUGUUGAAUUUGGCUCGAAAGCCGAAGAUAUCGUUAAAUUAUCAGCAUAUGUUAUUUUUUGCUGGAUUACGCGGAGCUAUGAGUUUUGCUUUAGCCAUCAGGAAUACUGUGUCGGAUGCUCGACAAGCUAUGUUAACGACAACAAGUCUAAUAGUAAUUUUAACAGUCAUUUUCCAAGGUGGAGGAACAACUCAAUUUUUGAGUUGGUUCAAUAUACCAGUCGGAGUAGAUGAAGAAAUAGAAGGAUUGUCACAUAAUGGAAUGCGCAGUUCUGGUGGCGAAGGUGGCUUUGGAGAUCUGGACAUGCGUAGGGAGAGAAGUCCGCCGUAUAAUUCUAUGCAGGAUGGAUCAUUACCAGCCAGUGGCGCAAAACCUAAUGAAAAAGCAUUACUUGCCAGAAUCUGGGGUAAUUUCGAUACUCGCUACAUGAAACCGCUUUUAACUCACUCCAGGCCUACGUUAUUAGAAACACUUCCAGUGUGUUGUGGUCCUUUAGCCAGAAUUCUCACUACAACGCAACAAAUGACACAGGACGAAACUAUUAGAAAAGCAGAUUCAGAUUCGGAUUUUUGUCUCGAAGAUCGUGAAAUGGAGCGGCGAAGGACCAGUGUUCAACCGACAUUGACAACAAAAAGUUGGAUCUGGGAACUGUGAUGGGAGAAGUUAGUCCGGGACCACUACCACUGCACACACGCGUCGCCUUGCCAGGUUUGGUCGGCAGACAUUUAUAAAGACUAAUUUAUAUUGGUAAAUAAACAUACCGUGCUAAAUAUAUAAUACUGUAUGUCCAACUGAUAAAUGUAUUUAUUUGAGAAGCUUAUGAUCAUCUGUGCAGACUAUUAUACCUAAUAUAAUGUUAUCUGUCGUAAAUAGAAUUUUAAAGAUAUUCCCAGUAUCGGCUGCCUUUAUUGUUAACAUAAAUCAUUUUUGUAAUCAUUGUAAGAGCAAAUUCACGAUUAUUAUAUUACUUCGUCGUAAAGUAUUAAUAUCAGAAUGAGUUAUAACUCGCGUUAUUUUCAUCUUAUUAUUAAUAUGAUUUUCUAAACUUCACCAUUUAUUUCAAAAUGAUUUAUCGUUCUUUCAAAUUUUAAAUAUAUUUGAAUUCUUAAAUAAGCUGCUUGUAUGUGCGUGCGUGUGCGUAUGUGUGUUUACCAUAUUCAAAUGUAUGUUACAUUUAUUGGUUGCUCUAAAUAUGGUGAACUUGAAUUUGACAAAGUUCUUUACAUACACACACAAAAAUUUUUAUCGACAAAUGAAAUUUUUUAUCUUUAGUUGAUUGUAUAAUUUACUAUUCAGUGGAGGUCCUGGCUUGUAAUAAUUAUUAGAAAAAAAAAAUUACCUUAAAAUGCUGUUAAAUCGGAAACAGUAAUGUGAUAUCAACCUAUGUCUCCUAAGUAUGCAUUUUUCAUUCGAAUAUAAUAAUUGACAAACAUAAUAAAGUAUAAUAAAACACGGUUAAGGGAUUUAGACACUCUCAAAAACGCUAUAUUUAUACAAAAUUCAUACAUUAAUACAUUGACAAUAAAUUAAUAACUUUACGGCAUCUUUGUUGCGUUAACAAUGUUGCGUUUUUAAUUCACAUUAAUGAUGAAGGUUCUGAUAUGAUUUUAAAUUAUUAUAUUUGGAUGUAUUUUGCAAUAGUUUGAUAAGAAUGGACAAUUACAGAUGUAAUACAAUUAUUUGGACAUAGAACUUAAUUUGUUAUUCAGCAAAUUGAUUUUGCUAGUAUACAUAUACAGUUUUAUUUGCAUUCAAAGUGCAGGACACUUAGUGUACGACGAUAUGCAAAUAAAUCCUUUUUAUAUUAUAA